AUGUUUUUAAGAUUCUUUAUCAAAUAUCGACUAUUGUUUCUUGCGUCAACACGUUCCAAGAAUCAGAACUUCUCUAAAGAUGGCCACCGUAGGAAACAUGCUUCGUGUCCUUUUGAGCAGGGGAUAAUUGGCCGCGAGGUCCCACCCAUAGCAUACAGGAUGCGGCCACUAAGUCAGUUGCAUUUGCAGUCUACAUUGCGGAGGGCGCCGUCGAUGAAGAAGUUUCUGAUUUUCCUGGUGCUCAUGGUGGCCGUGUGCUACGCCGCCCCAACCGAGCCGGAAGCUGAGCCCGAGGCGCCUCCAGCAGAAGGCGCGGACGCGAUUCCGGUGCCAAUGCAGGGCCCCUUGGCCGAUUUAUGCAAAUAUCCACUGACGUUAGUCCCCUUCUUGAAGGACAAUUUGAAUAAUCCCAUAGUGGAAGCAAUCAUUAAAAAGUUGUGUCCGUUC